GGUGGAAGGCGGCGAGGUGCUCGCUGAUGGUCAUCAUGGCUGCACGCCGAGCCCUGCACUUCGUGUUCAAAGUGGGAAACCGCUUCCAGACGGCGCAUUUUUAUCGCGAUGUCCUGGGGAUGAAGAUUCUGCGGCAUGAGGAAUUUGAAGAAGGUUGCAAAGCUGCCUGUAACGGACCUUAUGAUGGCAAGUGGAGUAAAACAAUGGUGGGAUUUGGCCCUGAAGAUGAUCAUUUUGUAGCAGAACUGACUUACAAUUAUGGCAUUGGAGACUACAAGCUGGGCAAUGACUUCAUGGGUAUCACGCUCACAUCUAGCCAAGCUGUCAGCAAUGCCAAGAAGCUACAGUGGCCACUCACUGAAGUGGCAGAAGGUGUUUUUGAAACAGAGGCCCCCGGUGGAUAUAAGUUCUAUUUGCAGAAUCACAGUUCGUCACGUUCAGAUCCUGUAUUAAAAGUCACGUUAGCAGUUUCUGAUCUUCAAAGGUCUUUGAAUUACUGGUCUAAUCUCCUGGGAAUGAAAGUUUAUGAAAAAGAUGAAGAAAAGCAAAGGGCUUUGCUGGGUUAUGCUGAUAACCAGUGUAAGCUGGAGCUCCAAGCCAUCCAGGGUACCGUGAAUCAUGCAGCAGCUUUUGGGAGGAUCGCCUUUUCAUGCCCCCAGAAAGAGUUGCCAGAUAUAGAAAACUUGAUGAAAAAGGAAAACCAGAAGAUUCUGACUCCGCUAGUGAGUCUAGAUACACCAGGGAAAGCAACAGUGCAAGUGGUCAUCCUGGCUGACCCUGAUGGACAUGAAAUCUGCUUUGUUGGGGAUGAAGCCUUUCGAGAACUUUCUAAGAUGGAUCCCCAGGGAAACAAGUUAUUGGAUGAGGCAAUGGCAGCAGAUAAAAGUGAUGAAUGGUUUUCUAAACAGAACAAGCCAAAGGCUUCUGUUUAAUUGAAGACACCAAGUGGGAUGAGCAUUUGUGAUUCCUGUGUAAUGCUCAAGGAGGCCUGAGGUGUCCCCACAUGAUAAAUGCCUUCACAACUUGGUUGCUCCUUAUACACGCAAGAAGACAAGGAUUGCAAAGAAUCACGUAGUCUUCUCUGAGGACUCAGAUAUAUUUAGAUGUAAAUCCUUCAGAAGAGUUCCAAGGAGAAUACUUCCUGUAAUUUUUAUUGCCACUGGAAUCACACACUGUAACUAUAUUUGGUUUUCAUUUGGGGGUGUGACCCACACCUCCUAGGGGUUACUCCUGUAUCUGCACUCAGAAAUUACUCCUGGCAGGCUCAAGGGACCAUAUGGGAUGUCCAAGAUCAAACCUGGGUCAGCUGCAUGCAAGGCAAAUGGCCUACCCGCUGUACUAUUGCUCUAGCCACUGUAUUUGAUUAUUGAUUUUCCAGAUUUCCACGUGACUAUAUAGAGCAACCAUGUGGAACAUUAUCUCUGUUAAGAAUUAGGGGUAUU